AAUGCACCAGCAGUGCCUCACCUCCUAUGCAUAUAUUUUCUAUGACAAUAUUAAUAUAUAGUAAGCAUAGUAUUAUAAUUAAAUAAGAAUAAGAGUGUAGAUAGCAGGUGGCUUCCAUGCCCAUGUGUGAUUUCUAAUUUCGUCUGCAUGCGAUGCGCCUAACUUAAUUAAACCCCUUCUCACCCACCCCUACCCCAUUUCAUUUCAUCUCUCAGGCCCAACCACCAUGGAGGGCAUCACCGCCACUGUCUGCAGGGGUGUAAAAAAGUACUGGAGGAGAAGAGGCUACGAGAGGCUUAACGGGCCCACCCGGAGAAGGAGGAACCGGGUGGAGCUCGGAAGCGCCCGAACCGGUAAGGCCCGCUUCUGGAGGUGGAGGAUCAGGCUCGCACCCAAGAUCCGAAUCAGAAAAAUCCCCUCCCCAAAGAAGGCCCUGUUAUGGGUGCGUGACGCCUACGUCAGGAUGAUGCUGGGCCUCGCCAACUCCCGCGUCAUGACGGUCACUGCCUCCUCAGCUUCGGCCUUCGGCGGUGCCCUCUCAGCCGCCGACACCUCCUUCGCUGCCUUCACCCGGGCCCCACCCAAGGAGUACGACGACAAGAUGAUCAUCCAGAUCUACAACUCCCUCCUCAUGGCCCAUCAUGGACCCUUGGUUCCCUCCGACGCUGCAACACAAGUCGCUUGCCCACGGUAAGCCUCCAUCCGCGCCGCACCGCGUCUUUUCCCUGCCCUGCCAACCUUCUUUCAUUUUUAUUUUUUUUUUACUUAUUUUGUAAUGGCCCUUUAUUUACCUGUAACGUGAUUCUAUCAACCGGAUAGAUUCUUUGUCAACAUCGCCCGAAUAUGUGUAGGCACUAGGCAGAGGCACCAUUACCAUUAAUUCCGGGAUUCACAUCCUUCCAAUUCAUAAAUCAAUUCCAUGUAUAUCACUCACGCUUUCACCCUCUUCUCUUCUUCUCCUUCAACAAGUAAGUCAACCAAAAUCAAACUACAACUAAUUCCUACGUAAUUUUAUAAUA